UGGGCGUGCUUUGGUAUAUAAUACUUCUCCCUCAGAAGUUUGGUCUGUCGCCUCGGUCUCCGGGACAGCCUCUCACACAUCAUCGAACUAACCAACCGGGGAAACUAACUCACCUGCAAGCACCCGACCACGUCAGACCAACCUUUUCAUUCCUUUCUUUCUUUCUUUUUUUUUUGUUUUGUUUUUUUUUGGUUUUUUUGGGGGGGUGACUACUGCCGACUGUCAUGGAGACCCUGCGAUCGAGACCCGGACACAAAUCAUUUUGCCACACCUGCAGGACAACGGAGGAGAGCAGACGAAAGGUCAAGAAGAUGUCCUCAUCCAGCCGUUCCUUGCUCUUUGCACUGGCACUCACCCUCUAUGCGGUGGAGAUGACCUCGGCAGAGACCCUGUGUGGGGGAGAGCUGGUGGACGCGCUUCAAUUCGUCUGCGAAGACAGAGGCUUCUAUUUCAGUAGGCCCACCAGCAGGGGGAACGCCAGGCGCACCCAGAAUCGUGGGAUAGUGGAGGAGUGUUGUUUCCGUAGCUGUGACCUCAACCUUCUGGAGCAGUACUGUGCCAAACCCGCCAAGUCAGAAAGAGAUGUGUCGGCCACCUCUCUACAGGUCGUACCGGUGAUGCCUCCAUUAAAGCAGGAAGCCCAGAGGAAGCAGCAUGUGCCCGUGAAGUAUUCCAAAUACGAGCAGUGGCAGAGGAAGGCGGCCCAGCGACUCCGGAGGGGUGUCCCCGCCAUCCUAAGAGCCAAAAAGUUCCGAAGGCAGGCGGAGAAGAUGAAAGCCCAGGAGGAAGCAAGCUUCCACAGGCCCCUGAUCAGCCUGCCCAGCAAACUACCGCCUGUCUUGCUCACCACGAACAACUAUGUCAACCACAAAUGAGCCCGUUGCCAGCCCUUUGCACAGACAAGUGUUUGCAAGGACAAAAAAGCCUAGGGGAUUAUAGCUUUGUCUCUGACGUCAUUUCUGUGGCAGUCCUCUUUGACCUCCCCUGCCCUGUCCGAGCCCCACGCCCCUACGCCCCCACCCUCACCCCCAGCCCAUUCUCAUCCACCGCUUCUUGACCCUCUGCCCUCUUUCUAAUACCCCUCAAACCCUACCGCCGUCCUCCGGAACACAAACAUGUCUUCACAUUCUUCCUGUCUGAACUUUUUUUCGCUAGCCCUUUCAGUCACUGACACAAAAGGUACAAACACAAGUGAUGAACAAAAAGUCAACAAUUCGGCUGAAUGCCAUUCAGGUGGACCCGUAAGCAAAACGGUUAAUGGAAGAGAGCAAGAAGAUGUGUUUUGCAAGUGUCAAGAGGACGCCCAACGGAAUGAUUUUUUUUUUUUUGACCUUGUGGAAGACGACUCAACGUGAGGAGAAGCUUGCAUGACAGAAUUCAUUCCACAUAUUUUUUUUUUCCUGAAGCAAAAAAGAAGAAAAUCUGUUAGUUUUUUUUUUUUUUUUUUUAAAUUUUAUUUUUUAGUUUGCACCGCUACCUUUAAAGGGACUUCCACACUGUAAGGAAUUAUUUUAUAAAAUUAGAUUCCUGUUCCAGCACCUUUUGAUCACAAACAAAAAGCAGAAAAGAGUCUGCAAAAUUGCACAUUGCCACGGAUUACGUCAAACUAAAGAAAAAUAUAUGGCACUAUUUUUUUAUGAACAAUGAACGUGUAGCUUAAAAAAUGCCAUGGUGCUAGCUUUGGGAAAGGACUCAAAGAAGAGGUUAAAAAGCACGUUUGUUUUUUUUGUUGAAUAUAUUAUUACUUUCCGUUUUAAGGAAAGUGUGACUGAAACAAAAGAGAGAAAGAUGGGGGAGCUCCUGGCAGUGGCAAAGUCAAGGGGGAAGUGUCACUGAGAAACUAUGGGGGCGAAGAGGGCAUCAAGGCUCAAAGGAAGUGCUGGUGGCUGCUCAACACAAGUUUGCUGGCAUACACGGGAAGGGGGACAAAAGACCCUGGCCCUGUCCCUCCUGUCUUCCGACCCCGAGGCAGAUGGACGCAGGGAACUUAAUAUGGGACACUGUGGACUGCCUGGAUUGGGACAGGACUGUUUACCGUGGCUUUGCGGACUGCUCCGACAGGAAGUGUCAUGGCACGGACAAGUGGGAUAAUUGAAGAUUUUAUUUUAGUUUGAUUUUCUUGUUUUCUUAUUUUCUUUUCAUAUCAUCAUUUCAACGAAAAAAGGAAACCCUUGUCUGUUUCUGGUACCAUGACAUUUCUGUUUUUCCAUGUUAGGCAUCCUCAUGGUUAUUUUAUGAUGUAACUUUACCGUUGUAAAACAAAAAGGCACAGACAUUUUGAUUCAAAGGGAAAAAACAGCAAUAAUGUCAACUAACAUUUAUUUCUUAUUGUAUAUCAGUAGUAUUCACAUGCGUUUGCCCGAAAACAAAUACUUGAAUAUAUCUCUCUAUACAUAUAUAAUUAUAUAUAUAUAUGUAUAUAUAUAUAUAUAUAUAUAUAUACAUAUAUAUAUAUAUAUAAUAUAUAUGUAGAUAUAUAAUUAGUUUCCAGGGACGUUGUGUUAUUUCCUAUAGUCUGAGCUGUAUCUUGCGUAAUGAGCCGUCAAGCUUUUUUUGUUUGUUUGUUGGAAUACAAAUAAGGGCACUGUAUAAAGGCAUUAUUUAUUUUGUUAUAAAAUAUAUUUGAAAAUUGGUCCAAAUAAUAUGCGCAGCACUGAUGCUCAACUGACGGAUUUAUUUUGUCUGAUCUCUGUUUUCCAAUUGGGGCUGUAAGGCUUUUUUUCUAGAUGCUUUGUACCAAAAAUAAUGUCUUUUAUUCCCCAUUUAAUUUGCCAUAGUUACUUAAAUUAAUAUUUUAACAGCAUCAUGUAGUCUGAUAUUUGUUGGCAUGUUAUGUCGCAAAAAUAGUCACAUACUCUUAUUAAAAAUGAUCUGCAUGGAUCUUCAGAAACCUGUCAAUGUUCCGAGGGAAACGGAAAGUAUCAGUGAGUAACUUUAUUAACCGAAACUGUUCAACAUCAGUUGUAUUCAACCCACUAUGUUUUGAAGCCACUCUAGUAUUGAUGGCGGGGGAAUGUCAAGACCUUAAUUAAAUAAUGUCUUCAUAAUUGUACACGGUGUCCUGCCAUCUUGUAAGGAUCAUCUUUUUUAUGUGCCAGUGCUGCAAAUGUCGUCAUAGAUAGUGUGCUGGUUGGAUCAAAUGUCAUGAGAGGGUCUUAACUUGCGCAGUGCACCUUUACACUCAUUGGAGAUUAGCGUAAUGGUCAUUGAGUUGCUCCCUCUCUCUCUCUCUCUCUCUCUCUCUCUCUCUCUGUCUCUCUCUGUCUCUCUCUCUCUCUCUCUCUCUCUGUCUCUCUCUGUCUCUCUCUCUCUCUCUCUC